AUGACAAUCGUAACGGAAUGUUCUGUCUGCACUGAUGAGCUGACCAACGAAUGCGCCAUCUCAGCAUGCCCCUGUGGCCAUACUUUCCACCGAGCGUGCUUAGAUGAGUGGCUCAAGCAGUGCAGAAAUCAACCAAUUUGCCCGACAUGUCGCUCGAAAGCGAACAGGUCUUCAAUUGUUAAACAGCUCUAUUUUGCGAUUCCCAACAACACAACUCUAAGCGAAAGCCCUUCUAAAGACAGCUCCCGCCUGCGAAACAGAAUCUCCGCUUUGGAGGCUCAAGUGCUCGAGGAACAAAGAUCGAAGCGCGAGAACGAGGGAAAAGUACAGUCGCUGACGGAAGAAGUGACCAAACUCAAAAAAUCACGCGACAAGUUGAAGAACAAAGAAAAGGCUGACAGUACGCGUCUCAGCGCAUUGAAGAUGAAAUGCGAUCACAUCGCUGCAGAAGCUAAUGAAUUACGCUGCGACCUGGCGACUGUUCAGAGCAAGUACGACAAGGUCAAGGAGCUGGAAAGCGACAUUAGGAUCGUCGACAGAGUCAAGAACUUGAGACAGUGUACUACAGAUGAUCCGUCUUGGAUUCAAGGUCUACAGAGCCGCGCGGACAUCAACGAAACAUUCAAAUAUGCGACCAUGAUCCAGAAAGAGUACACCCGUCUACUUGCAGAACAUGAAAAGAGAAACUCUAGAAUCACCAAUUUGGAGAGGGACUUGCGCAGGGAAAAGAUGCGUGUCGAAAAUCUCAAAGAGGAUAACCAACUGCUAAUAAGACAAAAAGAAAGCGCCCAAGAAGAGAUCACCGCGAUUAGAAUGAAGUUCGAUCUUGCAAAAAGAGCGAACCCAGAGUCGGAGACUUUUGUGCGCAUCUGUACCGAGUCGCCUUUGUCGGAUGAUUUGCUGGCCAAACUCAAGAAGCGAAAAAGCGACGCUGGCAGCUCGAGUUGCAUCGAUUUGACAACGCCGCCGAUGAAGAAGCAGAAAACGACGCCGUAUGGAAGCUGCUCCUCGACUUUUUGCGACAGCUCCCUCUUCAACGAUGCACUUGCGUUGACGGAAAGCAACACGCCGAAUCUUCCGGAAAAAGCGACGCAGAAAACCGACUUAAAAAGCCGAAUGCAGCGGCUGGAAGCGAUAAAGAUUGCCAACGAAAGUGAUGGAGACAUGGAAGACGACGACUUGGACGAUGAGAGCUCCUACAGUCCAAUUAUUCAACGCUCUUCAGCUAGACCAGUCGAAGCAAGAAACAAGAGUCCUGAAAAACCCCCGCCAAUUCACUCAAGUCCUCCAUCAGUCUUCGCUCGCGUCAAAGUAAAAACCGUCCCACAGCGCUCGCCAAAGAAGAAAACUAGAAGCGAACAAGACUCGAGCUCGCUGGACGUUUCAAAACUCGUUGCUCAAUCGAACCUCUUCAAGAAAGAACGGACGAACCGCGGAAACAGACCCUUCAAUCGCCUUGGCGGCUCCUCAAAAGCGAAUCCGAUCAAACUCAAGUCGUCCACGCGCAAGCCAAAUAUUCGUGACUUCUUCGCCAACACCAAAAUGUCCUGA